AUGCCGCUCUCGAGUAGGCGUCGCACGCGCCGCAAGGAUAUUCAACUCCAAGAAACAUCCGACGCGGAGGCUCCGGAUUCCUCUCCCAGCCGCCCAGCCAGCAAGAAGCGCAAGGUUGAGGCACGACCGUCAUCGCGACAAGUGCACACGCCAGAUCCCGCUUCUGCCGAUGACGCCGAUCGAUCUUCUCCCGAAAACGACUUAUCGGCAAACCAGGAUCUAGUAGAGACCGUGAUCGCAUCCUUGAAUGUGUCGAGAGACGAAGUGAAUGUGUUGCGCGAUUAUUCCAAUUCCGAGACCGAGAAUAAGCAAUCGAUCCAGGCAUAUGCGAAAAUUGCCGGCCGUGACUGGACUUAUUACGUCAAGACAGCGCAUAUCAACAUUGGACGUCCUCCAGAUCGCGAACAGAAGCUCGAUGAGCAGUCGAGUCCCGUCUCUAUCGCCGCUCGUGCCCUGCCUGAAGUGCAUGUCGACUUGGGUCCUAGCAAGUUUGUUUCUCGUCUACAUGCUGAAAUAUUCUUUUACGGUGACGACGAGGAGUCCUCAGCCUGGCAUAUCAGAGUCAAUGGCCGGAACGGUGUGCGAGUCAACAAUGUCAUGCUAAAACGAGGGACGGAUGCCAUACUGAAUUGUGGCGACAUAAUUGAAAUCGCCAACACUCAAAUGAUGUUUGUCACUCCCGGUGACAAAGCAGUGAUACACCCUUCAUUUGUCGAACGCGCUCAACGUAUUGCUGCUGGCGAGGAAAUACCCUGGGACGGUUCGCAACAUGCACACCCUGCUACAUAUGAUGCACAGCAACCCGGUCGUGUUAUCGAUAACGGUGGUGCAUAUGCUGCUGCCAAUGGCGCACAGCCAGGUAAACCAUCGCUCGCUCCUGCUCCCCAGUUUCUCAAGCGACAGGUCACCCCGCCUCCGCGAUCUCCAGAUACCGUUGGGGGCCAGACGGCAACAAAGCAAUCGCCUUUGUAUAACCGUGGCAUGAUGAUGGAAAGCACAGAAGAGAUCGAUUACAGUCAGGAUUCCGCCAAAGAUCUGAAACCUCCAUACAGCUAUGCGACCAUGAUUGCGCAGGCUAUUUUCUCAAGCGAAGAGGAGAAACUUACACUAAACAGCAUUUACCAGUGGAUCAUGGAGAAGUACGCUUUCUAUCGUCACUCUCAGAGCGGUUGGCAAAACUCUAUUCGACACAAUUUGUCCCUCAACAAAGCUUUCCAGAAGGUACCGCGCCGAACGGACGAGCCUGGCAAGGGCAUGAAAUGGAUGAUCGCGCCAGAGCACAGACAGGAAUAUUGGAAGAAACAAUUGCGCAAAGGAAACAAUUCAUCUGCACCUUCGUCGCCAGCUACGAAAGAGCCUCCAGCCUCCCGCAGCACCAACGGACAUGCCGGCUCGAGCUACGAGGGGAUUUUCUCUGCGACAAAGACCUCUCCCCAAACAACUUCACCUGGAUUUAGUUCAUUUUCAGUGGCUCCAGUUGAAGCCUACACACCGGAAAGAGGAUCGCGACUGGGACAAAGGGGAACUGAUCUUGCGCGCAGUGGUGCGAAUGCCGAAUUUGAUGACCAGUCCCCUCUUCCUACUCGAAUUCGAAACAGCCAGCAAGAGAAUGGAAAUAGUGGCCAAAAUAAUGGCGCCAGCAACGUCAACGACGGCUCGACAAACCGUGCCUAUGGGCUAUCAGGAAAUGCUACUGGCUCGCCUCCAGUGCUCUCCUCUUCAUAUUAUGACGAGGGACCUUCGUCAAUGAUCACGCCAGCUCCUCAGCGACAUCAACCCCGGCUGCCACCGCCAAGCACGGCUCAGAUUCCGUCCAAAUUUAUGCCUAUGAGCUCGCCAGCACAGUUCUGGAAGUUCGCCGACAUUGGAAGCACACCUGCACGAUUGGUGCCAGAUAUGAGUCCUUUGAAGGGAGGAAGUAUUGGGGCAUUAGGGGACGGAUUGAUGCCAAGCAGCAGCCCGCCACCACCGAAUUUCGCCAGUCCCAGUAAACCUAGCACAUCAAAUGUGCGUGCUCUUGGUCCGAUCAAGAGGGAAGAUGAGCCCGAGCAGAUUCGGCAUCAUCGGUUAGCAGCUCCAGAUGAUGAAGAGGAGGAGGAGGAGGAGGGAUUUGAUCUAGCGAGGGGGUUUCAACCUAUUGGGUCAUAUCAUCGACAGUUGAAUAACUCUGCACGAGCGAGUGCGACAUCUUGA